CAAAAGGUCAAGGUUUUUUUUUCGUAAAUGGAUGUAAUUCUGUAAUUCCUGAAAGAAGAUGAGUUCUCUCGCAGCAGUGUGGUUCGACCAGGGCGUAGGUGGCACCCUACCCCCGACUGUACGGGGGUCCAACAGCUAUCUUUUCAAGACGACUUCUCCGCUCUACCGAGUCCCAUGUGCGCGAGACGCACCCCACCAGCAUGUUGGUACUAGGACGAGCACAGUAUUCGCGUCUAUUGAAGAAAACGAGCACAACGUUGUUGAGCCAGUGUUGAAGAAGAGGAGACGCCAUCGUAGUGGAUCAAACCAUCAUAGUUCUCACUUUGCUGUUGACCACAAGGGGGUCAGGCACGACACGGCAGGAAUACACAAAGUUGUCUCGUCGAACAAAGAAGGGCAUAUCAAUGGAGAAAAUCAGUCAUCAUUCGCAGAUGCACAAGAUGCUGAUGCGCCAGAAAGAGAAGAAGGUCGUGGUAGUAAUCUAGAAGGCUCUGCGAGUAAUAUAGACCAACAACAACAUGACGAGGAUGAAGCAGACGUGAUCAUCUCCGGUUCUCUCCAGGACUACUUGGAAGCGCGACAGGCCAAGAUGCUGGAGCAUAUCCACGCGGUUUCCGAUGGAGGGCUGAAAAAUUUCCGUGCUGAGGUUUUGGUCAAACUAAGACCUCAACUUGAGCGUAUCCAGAACUUGCUAGGAGUACAACACGAUCUUGCUAGGAGUACGAACACAGCUACGUCAAAUGCAGCUCAGUCUGGACCGUCUUCCGUCAACGCAGAUGUUACCUUUGCAGAAUACGAUGGAGGGAUUCCUGUGUCGGAUCCUGGCAGUGUCGGUCCCCAUGGCCAUAGAUCCAGUCUGUCUGCAGAUGUAGAAACUUGGAUGCAGAGGAUGAGGUGGAGGGCGGAGCAAAGACAGGCACACGCUGCACAAGAAAGUAUUAGUGAUAACCUCGUACAAGGACGACAAGGAGAUGAAGGACGCGAACAACAAGGAGAGCGAAAUGAUCAACAUGAAGGUCGUCAUGCGGGUGUCGUUGAUGGUCGUGGCGGUGUCGAUUCUUCUGCAAGUCGUAUGACAUCAAUGACUUCGUCGUCUAGUAGAAGCAAAUCUUCGAAGUGCGUGGCGCGUGAUUUGCGGAAUAUCGAAAACGCAGUUGAUUGCGCUCUGCGGUCGGCGAGUGAAGAAGACUGCACAGCCUUUUCUGCAGGCGGUCCUGCGGUGAAAGGAGGACAGAUUUGCGAGUUUAUAGCACAAGUAGACCUAGAAGACGGUCAAGCUAGUGGAACCGCAGGAGGGACUCCUGAUGCUCACGAAGGCGAAGCUCCUGGAGGUCAUGGUCGUAAUGCUUCAUCUGGAGGUCGUGUCUCUAUGUCAAGUAUGCUGGAGAUCAAAAAACGGCGUUUGAGGACUCCCCCUUCGAAUUUUGCUGAGGACGGGAAACAAGUAGAUGAAGGAGGGGAAAAUGAGAACUACAAUGAUGCAGUAGACAACCCAGAAGAUUCCAGUGCACAAUUAUUAGAAGACGAGAACGAGAGUAACGACAAUCAUGCUUCGGCAGAUGUUACCGGAGGAAGCAUCAAUAGACCGGAAUCUGCCCCGGAAAGUGCCCCAUCUUCACUUCCCUUGCUUGCGGUUGGAAAUGGAGUCUGUACCCCCAAAGAGUCAGUACUUGACAGCCUGGUUUCACCCACCAACAAGGAGAACAAGACACAACUUCUUCAACUGAGCGAAGAAUGUGCUACACACCUACGCAAAGACACGUGUGAAGCAGUUUCGAGGGCGGGUGACGGGAUUACAGCUUGUCGCUGGACGAACUAUCCUCCGGACCCUGACAGCUGGCGUUGCAACGCUUUACUCGACAAGUCGCACCCCCUGCCGCUUCACGCCUCUACGUCCGAAGUCGUUGCGCGCUGGACAGAAGAGUUAGUGGACGCACUCGGUCAGCCGGGAAAAGUUCUGGAUUGUGCAGUACGUAAACUACAUUAAGGCAUUAAAUAGUACCCUAGUAAUGAUCCAUUUUCAGAGCCAUACGAAAGCUUUUCAAGGGGAAAGAAAGUAGCUCUAUCUUGAGAUGAAUAAUUCGGGUGAGCUCUAAUUACAGUUUGAAGCCGAUCGCGAGCUGAGGGACGGUUUAGAAGCUCAAAUGCACGAAACAGCUGGAAAGGUGAGGAUAGAACUGCAGAAGAGAUUGGAAAACUGGUAUUUUGAAGAAGAAAAAAAGUUGGAUCGAGAACAAGAGUCUUAUCUUACGGCCUUCAUUUUGAACAUCACAACAUUUUCUAUUUCUAUUUCUUUAUAAUAGAUUGCAUUGGGACUCAUCUCAUCUCAGCACAGUUGAAAUCAACAUUGUUUUUCAUACACACGACACUUGAUACAAAAUAUAUCGCUCUCUCUGGUAGAGGUAGAAAAUAAGGCCUGUAAAAAAAGUAUCAACACUGUUUUUCUUCUAAUUUCCAUGCUGAUCUUGCGCGUUUGCGAGAACGGCUGCGGCAUAAGAAAGCGUGGGUUCAGCUCGCUUUAGGACAUGAACAAGAAGAGGGGAAUGUGAGGAUCCUUGAAAAACUGGCAGAAAGGAGGAGAGAAGCUAUGAGGGCAGGCGAAUUGAUGCAGGAAAUCGCCCAGGUGCGCGAAAACAUGUUGCCAGAUGACAUCGUUAGUUUGGUCAAGCAGGAAAAAGCCAGGCGAGCCCUGCGUGCGCGGGCUCUAGCAGUUAUGCGAUCGCAAAGAACACCAGAGAGGAGAGCUUUAGCAGGGCUACAAAUACAGCACAGCGAAAGUACUGGCAAAGUAGGAGUUGCCCACCAGAUGAUGCACAACACUCGUGCUCCAACGAAUCUCCCGACUAUCGAAGAUGAUGAGGAAAUCACCGAUGAAAAAUGUGGAAUCAUGCACAAAGAUUAAGUCUUGAGGAAAUCCAUCUUCCGCAGCAUCUUGAUCCCGUUUUGAUGCAGGGAAAUCGGGCAGCAAGAUGCUCACCAAGAAGGAUUUCGGCAAGUUCUAAACAGAAGAGGGAAUCGUGGGCGCUGAAGGUGGGGCUGCUGCAGUUGCUGCUGAUCAUAAUGGAGAGCAUGAUAAUCGGGUGCCAUCGUGGGUAGCAGGGCCUUGGUUCAGAGCAAAAGUACCUGUAGAAAGUGCUAAGGGCAACCUGAUUGAUGAUAAAACUUCAGCUGCAGUUCACGCCGCAAAAGCGAGAGCAAAGUUAAGGCUUCUCCUAAUCCAUCUCGCGAAGCAUCCUGGAGGGGGGUUUCAAGGGAAAAAGUGGGCCAGGAUGAAUCUUGAGCUCCAUAACCAGAUUUUUUUAGAGCUCUCUAACAGAAACUCAGCAGGAAGAAAUAGAGGCAUAUCUCAAAUGGCAAGAAGCUACAGCGAAGGCUGCAUCUGGUGAGGAAGGGGACGCUGCGGCGGUAUCGGCUGAGGGAGCAGCCGAAGAUCAUGCCGAUGCCGAUCAUACUAGUCGUACUGCUGACGCCACGACACAAGAGAAUGUUGAAGCCGCUCAUACGGAGACCCAUGAUGUUGAAGCUCCCACUGGCACUGCUGCAGAAGGUGGCGCUGAAUCUGAUCGCAAGGAUGCACAUGAUGCGAGUGAAGAGACGGACAAUUCUGAGAUUUUAGAUGAAAAGCAAGAGCAGUUGGCGCGUGCCAUGUAUGCGGCAGCCUUGGAGGCUCGCUGGAGACGGUUUUUAGGCUGGAAAUUGGAGUUUGACAGGAAUGGAAAGUGUGGUACGAGUAUCAUUUUGCGAAAUCGAGAUAGGUUGGAUCGUGCUGAGAUGGAAGCUGCAGAUCAAGAGCGACAAGACCCUGGCCCGGUGAUGGAUUGCGUGGUGAAUUGGGAAGCAGUAACUAGCGGGACCCCUGAAGCCGCGAAGGCCGCCAAGUUUUGCGAUGGAGUUUUGCAGUAUUCUCCGAAAGAUUGUAAUGCUAGUUGCAAACAAAAGCGCUGCGAGGCUGUGCACCAGAUUGCAGAUCCGGUCUAUGCUGGUCAGUCUAAAUUAAGGCUACCGCGAACCUCAGCCUUUUUUUAGGUUUUUUAUCAUUCGUUGCUUAUAAUAUUUAGCCGUUGUAGUUUUCUACUUUGUGAUAACUACAUCUUCAUUUUUUUAGCCGUUCCUUCUUUUCUAUGUGGUGAAAAUAUAAGCGAAGAAACGAUGUUCCUAACUACUUAGAAAGGGUUGUCAACUAGAAGAAAGGCCGUGCAGCUCUAACUAGAAAUGUACAGCUCUGUCGGUGGGGAGAGACCGCGCCGUUUCCACCUGGAGUGUCGCCAAAAUUGCAGCGUCGUGGAGAAUGCAAAGUUGUAGAAAUGACCAAGUAUGCCAAAGAUGCGACUUGGAUACCAGUACAUCCUCCAGCAGUACAUGAAGGAGAAGCUGGAUCAACUGAAGAAGCUGGAUCAGCUGAAGGAGCUAAGCUAACAACUGAAGCGCAUGCAGGAGAAGCUGGAUCAACUGAAGGAGCAGAGGCGCAGGCAGGAGGAGCGACGUCAGCGUUAGAAGUCCAUCGUAUUUAGGGCUCCCCCUAAUCCAUCUCUCUAGACAUCCCUCAACAGUAUGGAUCCCAGUACAAGGGAGACGGUACUAGGGCAUAUCGUUGCGGGAUCCCUACAGGGAUGAAUUGGGGGAAGCUCUAACGUAUCCGAAGUACUAAAGGUGGUAAAUCUACAACUCCUACUGAUUUCGAGGAUAGUUCAGCUGCCCAAGAAGAAGAGAAGCGUGAUCCAGUUAUUUUUACGCCUACGAGUGAAAAGGACUGUCAAAAACACGAGGAGCGAGAUAGCUGUAAUGCGGAUCCUGGCUGUGAAUUUCAUCCGGCAAAAGAAGGAGAUUCUUUGACAACUGCGG